GCGCGAAGGGAGAAGUGCGGGAAGGCCCCGAGGAGGCCCAGGGUUUAGUGGAGCGAGGGAAAGAAUGGGCAAGGAAGGUGGAGGGGGUUGAGGCGACGCGGCUGCUUUGGCGGCAUUUAAGGUUUCUCAUGGAACGCUUCCUGCCCAGCCGUGGGGGGAACCAAGGGUUAGUGGUGGCAGGAUCCAAAGGGAGUGAUUUCUCUAUGCCAGUUAUUCCAUCUCAUUGAACAUGGCUGGAGGAAUCACUGAUACAGGGGAGUUGUACUCUCCUUAUGUGGGCCUGGUUUACAUGUUCAAUCUAAUAGUUGGGACAGGAGCUUUAACAAUGCCAAAGGCCUUUGCUGCAGCUGGUUGGCUUGUCAGCCUCAUCCUAAUAAUGUUCCUAGCAUUUAUGAGUUAUAUGACUACAACAUUUGUAAUUGAGGCCAUGGCUUCAGCAAAUGCUCAUCUUCGCUGGAAAAGAAUGGAAAAGCACAAGGAAGAUGACGAGGAAGAAGACUCUUCAUCUGGAGUUUCUGAUAGUGACAUUCUUCUCCCAGAUGGCUAUGAACGGACAGAGACACGGCCUAUCCUAUCUAUUCAAAGACGAGAAGCACCUAAUAUUUUUGAAAUCUCUGAAAGAGCAGAGAUGGGUCAGAUGGCUUCCCUAUUCUUCAAUAAAGUGGGAGUCAAUUUGUUUUAUUUCUGUAUAAUCAUUUACCUCUAUGGUGAUCUGGCAAUAUAUGCGGCUGCUGUUCCAGUUUCACUUAUGCAGGUGACCUGCAGCAGUAACGUCAAUCAUUCAUGCAGUGUUGAAGAUAGUACGAAGUACAAUGAUACAGACAAGUGCUGGGGACGAAUUAGAAGGAUUGAUGCUUACAGAAUUUAUCUGGCAGCAUUUACCCUUCUCUUGGGUCCAUUCACAUUUUUUAAUGUGCAAAAGACUAAGUAUCUGCAGAUCAUGACAUCGUUGAUGCGAUGGAUAGCAUUUGUCAUCAUGAUAAUUUUAGCACUUCUCCGCAUCAGCAAGGGUCACGGGAAAGGUCAUCCUCCACUGGCACAGCUCUCAGGAAUCGGCAAUCUCUUUGGGGUAUGCAUUUAUUCCUUCAUGUGCCAGCAUUCCCUGCCGUCCCUGAUUACGCCUAUCUCCAAAAAGAAACACGUUAACAAGUUGGUACUUCUGGAUUAUGUCUUAAUACUGGGUUUCUACAGUCUCCUGUCCUUUACUGCUAUCUAUUGCUUCCAGAAUGGGACGCUCAUGGACAUGUAUACACUCAACUUUACUAACUGUGAUAUUGUUAAUAAUGUUGUCAUUCGCUACUUCCUGGGCCUCUUCCCAGUCUUCACCAUUAGCACCAAUUUCCCUAUAAUUGCUGUAACUUUGAGAAACAAUUGGAAGACCCUCUUCCAUCGAGAAGGGGAAACCUACCCAUGGAUAGUAGAUCGGCUUGUUUUCCCAGUCAUCACACUGAUUCCUCCAAUUCUUGUGGCUUUCUGUACCCAUGAUUUGGAAAAGCUGGUGGGCAUCACUGGGGCCUAUGCUGGAAAUGGGAUCCAGUACAUCAUCCCUGCUUGCUUAGCAUACUGUAGCCGUAAAGACUCUCGACUGGUUUUCGGGAGUGGCACGCUGAAUAAACAUUUGUCCCCUUUCCGGCACACAUUCUGGAUUGGGUUUGUGCUACUCUGGGGUCUUUUUUGCUUUCUGUUUGUGACUGCAAAUAUUGUCUUGAAUGAAACCAAGCUCUGAUGAUGGAACAACACUACUCGUUACAGAAGAACCUGGAGACAGACAGUAAGAACUGUCAAUCAACUUGCUUGAGCAGGAUGCUAACAAUUCUGGGUGGAAUGCUGCCCUUUUUAAUUCAGAUUUUCCAGUCAAUGAAUAAAGUUGGGGACUUGAGUACUCUGUCAUGUGGCUGCAGUUGCCUGGUACCUGACCAACUGACUUGACCACAAUACAGGCCAUCUUCUUCUCUUCUGCUGUGAUAUAUCUGAGGCUGUCAGAUAUACAUCUCUUCCUCAAGACUGAUGCAGAAGACCAGAGUUGCUUUCUCAGUCAGGAAAGCAGGCAGUGGAUCAAGCAAGCAAUGAACUGUUAUCAUGUUUAUCAUCGCCCUAAAGUGACCUUCUCUUCUCCUAACAGGAAACAAAAUAAAACAGGAGCAGGGUGGACACAAUAGUCUCCAUAGCCAUUAUCAUGUUGUGUGGUGUGCAGGGCACCCCAAGCUGUAGAACGUGGGAAGAGAAUGUCUCAGUAGUGAUUUUUCUCCCACUUCAAUACUUAUUCUCCCCUCUCCCCCAUGUUUAGUGUAUUUUUCAUUUCUGUUAAAGCCUUUCCAACACACAUCCAUAUAAUAUGAUUAGACUCAAAAGUGCUAUGACAAUUUAAAUGCAUAAUUUCAUUUGUUUAUUUUUUAAAAAGACACUUUGUUUUGUUUUGUUUUUGUUCUUCAUUUGUAGUCUGUGAUGUUCCUUCCUCAAUUCUUUGUAUGCACUGUGUGGGCGAGAAGGGUGUCUUAUUAAAAACUACAAGCUGGGUGACACAGAGAGCCUGCCUGAUGAAAAAUAAAAGAGAAAUCCUGCUUCCACGGUUGCUGAAUGCUGCUAAGUAGUUUGUAUACUGUCAUGGUCCUGUUUCACAGCUCAUCUACAGCCCUUGCCAUUUGUUUGUAUCUAAAGGUGCUAAUUAUUCCCAGUAUGGAUAAUGUGUAAAAGAAGCCCAGGCUUAUCUCUGGUGGCUUAGGCUGGAUUCUUUCCAGAUGUAAAGGGAAGACCAAACCGUACCUUGAUAUAAAAUUGUAUUAAUCUAGUAUAUCAAAAAAUGUAAUAUAAACAAAGAGAAGACAAGAAUCGCUUUCUGACUGAAGGUAAAAAUAACUAUUAUCUUCUAAUGCUUACUAUGUUUUAAAAAAAUGAUUUUGUUUUCUCUGCAAAAAAAGAUGACCUUCCUCCCCCCAUGUUCAAGGAUGGGAUGGGAUGCUCAUGGUAAGAGCAAAAGAGGCAUGCUUGCAAUAAAAGGUCUGUUUAGACCUCUUCUGCAGGACUGCAGGAGUACUGCUGUAUUCUCCCCCUCCAUAGUUUUUUUUUCUCUUAAAACUAGAACUCCGUCCCAACUCCAUAUUAUAUCCUAGAAUUGGCAAAAUUUGAAUUUAAGUCCAUAUUGUCUUUGUGGAAAAAGAAAAUUUCUCAAGCUGCUCUUGGCCAAUUUUUUUGUGGUGAAGCCAACAGUGUCAUUUAGAAAACCUUGGAAGGGGUCAUGGGUUACAAAUAUUUUUAAUUCAGGCAGUUCCCAAGUUACAAACAAGAUAGGUUCUGUAGGUUUGUUCUUAAAUUAAAUUUGUAUAUAAGUUGGAACAUCUACAUUUUUAAGUGCAACUCCAGCCAUAUAUAUAUGGCCAUGUUUCAACAUCCAAAGCAUAUGCCUGUUUUGGAUAGCAUAGGGAAGGGUAACCCCCCUCCCCCCCUCCGUGGUGUUUGUCUUUGCCCCUGUUCAGAAAAUUUCACCUCACUUUCUGUCCCUAUAAUAAUUGGAUUUUGAAAAAUUUGGCUUGCUGUGAAAACAAGGAUUGUCAAAAAAGCUUCAAUUGAGAUAUUUUUCCCCAUGAUACCUCUUCCAGGAGGGAAUUUCUCUUCUCUCACUUCCUGUUGUCUCACCACUAUUUGUAAUUAUGAGACGUGUGUAAGCCAUAUGUUUAUAAGUCGGGGACUGCUUGUAUAAGGAUAGUUUUGAUUUGACUUUCUUAGGCUAUAAAUAUAUUGAAGCUGCUUUUUCUUUUGUUUUCUUUUAUUAAAUUUCAAUCUUCCAAACCCCUGGAUUAUGUUUGCCCUCAUCUAGUCUGGUGUUGCUGUGAUAUUAAAUUUGACUUUGAAUCAAAAGGAGCUGAUAAAUUCAGUAGUGUUGCUUUUUUUAAUCAAAAUUAUUAUCAAAUACAAUCAUCUAAACCAAAUUGCUUUUGCUAUAAAAACAAAUUAGCCAGGACUGGAUUUGUUUUUUAAAAAACACACAGAAACCUUUCUUCUUAACUGAGAGCAGUGCAACUUUUCUCAGGUGAUAUAAUUUUGCAUAAUGCUGAAGUUUUCUGGCUAUAGAGAGUUUGCUCCAGAACAAGAAAACCUGAUGGCAUCCACCCUCUUCUUCAUCUCAAGCUUUAUUUGGUUGCCCUUGGUGAAACAUUGGAUUCAUAUCUACAGCUCUGAGAUCUGGCUGAUAUCUGAUGCUGCUUCUUUGACAACAAGUUACCAAGCGCUCCCUGUGAGUGAAUGCCUGAUCUCCAUCCUCAAUAUCUGGUCUGAGGAUUUGAAACAGAAUCAAGGUUGUUGCAUUGGUUUAGCAACUGCCUCUCUCUUUUUCUUUGUCAUUCUUUCCCACAAGUAUUAUAAGAUUCUGUCUGACUGGGGCUGGAAUAGAGCACAGAUGGCCGUGACAGGGCUGUCACAUAUUGGCUGACUCCAUCCUCAUGCAAUAUGAAACAGACAAGGAUUGGAUCAGUGUUGACAUUUUAGCAGCAGUCUCCCCCCCCCCUCCCCCCUAAACAUACGCUGUAACAAGUCAAAAAUUGCAUUGUGGCAAUCUGUUUUUCUCUGACCAUAGAAGUCCUGAAGAGUACAUGACUGAUUGAAUUUCUCCCUUUUUUCAGAUUCAUCAUUCCAUAUACAUGCUAUCAUAAAACAUUCCUAUACUUCAUUCUUAACCCUGUAUAUACAACCUUUUAAAGUUUUUCUUCACACCUUUUGGUUUCCUUCCCUUUGGAAGGUUUGGAAGACCUUUCCCCAUAAGUAGAAUUCAUUAUAUCUUAAUUUAUAUUGCACUCAGUGUAGGCCAGAGAAAUUAUAUAAUUUGCUAUGCUGUAGCAGCACUUCUAUAGACUCAUGUUGCCUAGGUUUAACAAGUCCCCUCCCCCCAGUUACUUUUCUCAGACUGGGAUUUCUCCUAUUCCUUGGAAGUCCCAUUUUUUAUCUUGAAAAGAUCUGAGUAUGCAUCAAACCCCAACUGUUUUCAUGAACUUCCUUCUACUACUUGUCACUGGCAGCUUUCUUAUUUCCACUAUUUAAAAUUUACUGUGUUCUUGGAGAUUUUCCCAGAACUACUUUUCUCCAAAUCCUGUGUUGCCUUAUAUGCCUUUUUGGCUUAAACUGUUUUGAUUCUUCUUUAUUGUAGCACCAAAGAUUAUAAAAUGAGAAAUUACUACAGCUGUUCUCUGAUUUCAGGACACACAGGGAUGGCUUUCUUUCUGCAUGAGAAAGCUUUUAAAAUGGCUCAGCGGUAGUGCCUUCCAUGGCUUCCUUGCCUUGUAGAGCUCCCUUUUGAUUGGUUUGCAUCGAAGUAACUUCCAAAGUGCCUGCAAUAUGUGAGCAAUGGAGGAAUCUACCUCAGUGAAUGUGUGCACUAGAUGGAAAAGAUUAAUAUUCAUUUCAUAAAAAUGCCUUAAAACAUGGAAUAGACAUGAGUGAAUCGGGUGUGUGCAAGUGUGCGCUUCAUUAGCUUUGUUGCCAUAAACCACAGGGAUGGAAUCCAGGGCUGAACCCAGCUGACUAUGAUGCAGUAGCUGGUAUCUUCCCACAUCUGCUUUGACAUGAGAUGAUAUUUUUCAUUGGCUAUUAUAAUAGGGCUCUUCUUCCCUAUGACUCUUGGCUGUACUAUGUCCUCGACUUGUCCCGGUGUGUAAUUAUUUUUCUGGAAGGCAUAAAGAAAUAAAUGCAGAUUAUGCAUCUGUUGUGGGUUGGCCUUUUCCUUCAUGCAGUAAGGGAGGGAAUGUGGAAUUGUUUUCUGUUGAUGGAUCAGUUGGCAAGAGCAAACCAUAGGGUGUGGGUGACAGCCGUUUGUGGAGCAACUCCACAUCCUCCUGUCCCUCUGCAUUAGCCUCCUGUUUCUCAGAGCGCUAGGUGUUCUCUGAAAACUCAAUUAAAACAGCUGUACCUUACCCAUCUCAAUUACAUUUCCUUACGCUCAAAAACUAAACAAAUUGAAUCAUUUCACCACCUCAGGCAGCAAAUGAAGUUUCUUCUGGCAAAUUUAUUAUCAUCAUAAAACACAGCAUGAUUUAUGUUAAAGUAUUAAAAGUCAUAUUCACAAUUGGAAAUAAACAGUUUCUACUCUCUC